AUGGCCGCCGAGCCGUGGAGUUCGCCGGCGCCGCCGGCGGAGGCGGCGAGCAGCUGGGAGCGCACGGAGUGCGAAUACAGCACUUCGUCACCCCCGCAGCAGCAGCCCCCGGGAUCCCCUGAAGGCAGGGCGAAGGUGGCCAGCGCCCUCACCGCGGCCGUGCGGAGCAUGCCCGCGGGCCAGAUCUGCGAGGGCCAGCCGGCCAGCCCCAAGAGUCCGGGGGAGUGCCGGCGGAAAUGCGGCCAAUCGGGCGCGAAGAUGGACACCAACGAGCCCUUAAUACCCACUGGGGAGCCCCCUCCCGUUGUCGUGGCCAAGGGGAAGAACAAGACGUACCGAGGCGUGAGGCAGAGGCCGUGGGGAAAGUGGGCUGCCGAGAUAAGGGACCCCUCGAAGGGCACGAGGAGGUGGCUCGGCACUUUCGACACCGCCGAGGAGGCGGCCAGGGCGUACGACAGGGCCGCGAGGGAGAUCCGCGGCCCCGCGGCGAGAUGUAAUUUUCCGCCGCGGGCGGGCGAGACGCCCCCCGUGCCCCUGCAGGCGCCCGUGGUGCCGUCGGCCCGAAGCCCGCUGCUGUCAGGAAAGGAGGAGAAGACAACGAACGAGGGAAUUGCGCAGGAGAUAAAGGAGGUAGAUAAAGUCGAGGAACCAGUGGUGCAGCCGAAGACAGAGCUGCAGAAGGCAGUUGCGGGAGUGCCGGGGGUGGGAGUGCUGGGAGCGCUUGCAGAUGUGAUGAAGAUGGGUGGCAUCAGGAAGACUGGCAGGAAGCCUGGAAGGGGAGGGCGAAGGAGGCGCAUGGGAGGGAGGAAGAAGAAGUCGGAUUUCGAAUCUGAAGACUUGAUCCCGGAAAGUUUGCUGCAAGGGGACACUGGCGCAGUGACCGGCGUCAUGAUCGUUUCAAGUGCUGCGGAUGUCUUCCAAGAAGACACUCCUGAGUCAAUGAUGCUGCAUCCACCACACCUGGGGCAAAAGGAAGAUGCUCAAGUCUCAAAGUGGCCGUCUCGUGACGCCACCAAGGUGCUGCACAUCGAUGCAGCGCCCCAAGGCAAGUCGCUGGACAGCCUGGCGGACUUGUGUUUGUCGCUGAUGAGCAUGGACAUCGAGGGGUGUCAGUCGCACAAAAGUGACUUCGAAGACAGAGAAACGGAUAAAGAAGAGGACAGCUGCAGGCUGCAGAUGGCGAUGGAGACACUCGAGUUGGAGGCAAACGCCACUGGCAUGGGCUCGUAUUCGAGGGAACGUCCGAUGCAGGGCUCGCCGCAUGGCAGGGAAUCUGAGUGUGGGCUGGAGGGCCUUGGGAGUGAGUUUUGGCAGACGGUCAUGAGGGAGGUCGAUUUCUUCAAGCCGUGGGCGAUGAGCCCAGGGCUGUCUUCUGGCGUGUCGGCAUGA